AUGAGUGAGAUUGAAGAGCUCGUGUGUAUUGAAGCAAGUGUUACGCGCAAAUCUACAUCAAACACGGUGGAGAUCAGAGAAUCGCGUCGAAACAAGGUUACUUUAGGAUCAAGCGAUUCUCCUGCGUUCCCGACCCCUCACCUCUUUUUGAAAAACAUCGUGAGCUUUGAUGAACAAAGCAUGUAUAAUCUUCUCUAUCCAAGGCUCCAAGAUCCCAACUUAUGCAGUAUUCUCUCCUUCAAGAUCGCUUUCGAAGCCAAGCGAGUUCCAGGGCCGUUGUACAUCUCCUAUGACGUCACAUUAACCCCACAAAUAUUCGAGGAACCAGACAUGGAAACAUGCGGUCUUUGCUUGUUGGAGGAACAGCACUUAUUCGACAUGCCAAAUUGUGCGCAUGUGUUUCAUGGUGAUUGUAUCGAUAAGUGGUUAAGUACAAGUAAUAAUUGCCCUCUCUGUGGUGUUGAAAUUAUGGAUGACGACGAGUGACGAGCAUCGUCAUGAAGAAACGAUUACGCAUUAUGAUAUUCUGUAUUGAAACCUAUCACUUGAUUUUUUAAUAUGUUAAUGGGAGAAUGUUCCUAAACGAGAUGUACUCUCCGGUUUGGAAAGGAACUCAU